GUACUGACUCUGAAAUCCAAAAACCUCGUAGGAAUCACACUGACCAACUGUGGAAUAACAGAUCUGGUGCUGAAAGACUGCCCCAAAAUGAUGUUCAUCCAUGCUACAAGGUGCCGUGUCUUGAAACACUUGAAGGUGGAGAACGCCCCCGUGGUGAAUCGCUUCGACUACGCCCAGUGCAAGAAGCUGAACAUGGAUCAGGUGCUGGAUCAGAUCCUCAGGAUGCCCCCAGAAAGGAACAGGAUCAUUUACCUUCGACCCAUGCAGCAGGUGGACACACUGACUCUGGAGCAGAAGAUCUUCAGUGGCCCUUACCCCUACCACAUCUGCAUCAUCCACGAGUUCAGCAACCCCCCCAACGUGCGCAACAAGGUGCGGGUGCGCAGCUGGAUGGACACCAUCGCCAACAUCAACCAAGAGCUGAUCAAAUACGAGUUCUUCCCUGAGGCCACCAGGACUGAAGAGGACCUGAAGAAAUACCCCAAGUACCCCUGGGGCCGGGACAUUUACACCCUGGAAGGCAUUGUGGAUGGUGCUCCUUACUCCAUGAUCACAGAUUUUCCCUGGCUCAGGUCCCUGAGGACAGCAGAGCCCAACAGCUACGCCAGAUACGACUUUGAGGACGAUGAGAGGACCACCAUCUACGCCCCGAGGAGGAAGGGGCAGCUCUCAGCUGACAUCUGCAUGGAGACCAUCGGCGAGGAGAUCUCGGAGCUGCGCCAGGUCAGGAAGGGGGUGUUCCAGAGGGUUGUGGCCAUCUUCAUCCACUACUGUGAUGUCAAUGGGGAGCCCGUGGAGGAUGAUUACAUCUGAGGGGUGUCCCCAGCCUUCCCUCCCUUCCCCCUGGCGCUGCUGGCCAAGAAAAGCAGGAUUUUCUUUUUCCAAAUGCAAAGCAUUUCCCAGGAAGGCGCCCUCGGCUCUCCUUUGGCCAGGAGGAUGUAGUUAAAUGUAAAAUGGAAAGUACAAAUUGUAUACUAAAGAGUUGUACAUAGAGGAAACAAAAAAAAAAAAAAAACUUCCUAAUACUGAAACUUUAUUUCAUAUGUUUAUACAAUUUAAUUUAAGUUCCAUUUUAAUGAAGGCCAAUAAUUAGGAACAGGGAAGAAGAUUUGAACUUUUCAGCCCAUAUGAUUCAUAGCAGUAUUUUUCUUUUUCCUUACAAACAACAAUUCCAUUUGCUGUGUUCAAAAGAAUCAUCAGAGCCUCUUUUAAUCUGUGCCUUUUUCUUGAGCAUUUAAGAGUCCAGUCUGAGUAAACCUGUUGAGCACAA